AUGCAUCUCAUCCCCAUCGCCCUCGCCACCCUCCUAGCCACCGCAGAGGCCAUCCUGAUCACCAAACCCGCCACCGACGACAGCGUCGACGUCGCCAAAGACUGGCAAGUCUGCUGGACAGCCGUGAACACCGACCCCCAGCAAUUCUGCCUCUAUCUUACCAACUUCAACGAGUACCCGUCUCAGAUCUUUAAUCUGCUCGACCGCCAGCCUGUCGAGACGAACGGCGGUGGCUGCGUGACGAUUCCGGGGAAGUGUUAUUCGGGGCUUAGGACGACUAGUUCCUACCGCGUGCGAGCAGCGUCCUGCUCGGAUCCGAGUACCAUCUACGCCGAGUCGGGCGAUUUCAGUGCCUCGCAAUCGACUUGCGCUGCUGCGACUUUGCGCAGGGAUGUCAGGAAGGAGUAA